GCCAAAUCCACCAUGCAGACUGCAAACCUGGAAACAGAAAAAUUGUCCCGACGAAAUCUCGCCGCAAACAUCAAACAACCACCACAUCCAAACCGCUCUCGCCCACUGCACUUCUCGCCUCUUGCGCCUCGCAGACGAUACCCCUCCGUAAACCCGUAAACCAAAGAAUUGGACCCUCUUUGCGCCAUCAGCCCUAGGUUUCAGACUAGUCCCCGCCAAACGCCAGAGACCACACUUUUACAUCACUACAAGCAACUUGCCGCUGUCGAUUGUCACCGCUACGACCCGCCCUCGAAUUUGGCUGUAUCCUGCUUUUGACCUGGUUUUGGGGCUUGCGAAACUUGUCACACCAAUCUCGAACACGCUCGCUCUCGAUCGGCUCACGAACAUCAUCUGCCUGCCCACCUGGCUCUCCUCUCUUUCUGCCAGCCCAAAGCCCCAAGCGCCGACAACAGCCGCACCACGAGCGCCUCGCAUCGGACCACGCCUAGCCCGAGAGCCGACUGCAACUGCGCCGUCGCCCACGUCUCGAGCGUCCGCAAGCGACCUCUUGCCGAGUCGAGACGGAGACUCGAUUGACAAACAAGCGCCUCGUGUUUGGAGCAAAGUCGGCGGCGCCCCCUCCCCGCGUGAUCAAAAAUCACACACUCUCUCCUUGGACUUUCGCCAGAGAGCAGCCGCUCCCGGCCCUCCACCCUUCCUUCAGUCUCUAUGGAUAACCUCUGGAGUCGUCGCACCAACUCUAGCAAGCUCUCCUUAUCCACAACAGGCGCCGGCCCUAGCGACUCCGCCUCCGCCCCCAACAGCUCCAUCAACAACACCCGUAAUGCAUCCUUCUCUAGACGACUGGGCGGUGAUAGCUCGGCGCAUGGGAAGGGUCCGGCCCCGUACAACUCGGCCGUGACUCCCGGCGGCGGGCUCAUGUCGCCCGGCGCUACUGCUGGUGGCGGCGCGAGCAGCGCCUUCGGCCUAGGGUCCGGCGCCUUUGCGUCUUUUGGCUCCGCCAAGACGCCCAAGUCGCCGGGCAACCCCUUCGAAUUCGCCAUGAGCGGUGGCCUGGGGAACCCUAAGACACCGGGCGCGGAGAAGGGUCCCAAGGACGGUGGUCUGGGGAGCGUCGGCGGUGGCAAGCCGGGCGCUUCGGCCAAGGGCGGCUCGCUGGCGUCGGCGUCGGCAUCUGCCUCGACAGCCUCGAUAGGGCCGGUGCGCCACACCCUCCGCACUCCUUGGGUCUUUUGGUUCCGGCCGCCUAUCAGCAAGGCCAACGGCUACAUCGAGUACGAGAAGACGCUGCAUGCCAUGGCCGAGGUGGGCACUGCCGAGGACUUCUUCUCGGUGUAUGCGCACCUCAAGCGUCCCUCGGCCCUGCCGCUCGUGUCCGACUACCACCUGUUCCGCAAGGGCGUGCGGCCCAUCUGGGAGGAUGACGAGAACCGCAGGGGUGGCAAGUGGAUCGUGCGCCUUAAGAAGGGCGUUGCGGACCGCUACUGGGAGGACCUCCUGUUCGCCAUAGUCGGCGACCAGUUCUCCGACGCCAGCGAGGAGGUCUGCGGCGCCGUCCUCAGUGUGCGCAACGGUGAGGAUAUCCUCAGCGUCUGGGUUCGGAGGGACGGCGGCAAAGUGGUCAAGAUUCGCGAAACGCUGAAACGAGUGGUUGGCUUCCCUCCCGAUACAAAGGUUGAGUGGAAGAGCCAUGAGGGCUCGAUCCAGCAACGCUCCGCGUUGGACGAGGUCCGACGCGAGCGGGCGGCGAACAACUCGGACAAGCGCACUAAGCAUGCCCAGUUCGCCGGCAACGACGACCAGAAGCAACAGGGCUACGGCGGCGGCGCCGGUGCCUCAUGAUAGGCGGAGUGCAAGCAGCGGGCCUCAUCUCAUCUUUGCCAUCUUCUCUCGCAAACCAUCACUCUCGAGCAGCGUCUAUAAAGUGCUGUCGGUUCGAUAAGAUGAUCAGGCAGCAUGCAUGGCACGCAUGCACUCCCUCAUUGUUUAGGCCGCAGGAGCCUGGCUAGACUUGGGGUCCGCGGCCGAGCACUCGAGAGACGAAAAGCAAAAAUAAGAGAAAGGAUGGGCUUUGCACGUUUUCGCGGCAAGGUACCCCGCCCAUUUUAUGUACACUACGAGAUAUCAUUCUGGCCCUUUCUUGAAUCACUGUUCCGCAGUCCAAGCCGAGGGAGAAUCAGCACGUCUGCCAGAGUUCUCUUUUUUCUUUAUCCGCUACGUGGUGCGCGACCAUGAAGUGUCCUUUUUCCUCUUCCUUUUCUCUUCUCCUAUCUUUUAUCUCUUUAUUUGACGAUCACGGGGCAAGUAUCCGGUACGACAUUGCAUGGUAUACGACGCUAGGGAGGGUAUUAUCGGUUGGUCAUUUGACAGCGGCUUGCUACUUGGUUCUCACGUUCACAUCUGGGUUCAAUCUUUUUUUUUCUUUCUUUUUUUCGUCUUAUAUAUUUCCCCCCGGAGCUAUGGUCGACCCCCCCGAGGUAUUUGUGAUAUUUUAUAGGCGAGCGGAGCAUUGCGUGGUGGACACUUGCAAGCCCUCCGUCUUGCCGUCUCUUACGAUUCAGCGAUUCUCUUCUAUCGAUGGCUUGCCAUUUACGUGUAUUUUGUACUGUAGCUUCAGGUUCGAGUAGGAAGGAAGCGAGGCGGCGAAGGGAACUUAUUGAAGAUGAUUACCAGUUUUUUAUGACCAUGACAUGAUGGAUAUAUUCCUUCU